UACUACCCCUCCCAUGCUCCUCCACUGAUAUUUUUCUCUCUGGGACGGCCAGCGGCUACUGUUCACACUCCACAGUACUACUCCGUACUGAUCUACUGAUGCUGGCGGCAGCGGCUUCGCUCCAAGUCCAAACCCUAACCCUAGCCAUCUCCGACUCGAUCCGAGGCCACGAGGCUCCCCGCGGCGGCGGCAGAGGAGAUGGAGGAGCUUAGGCUCGGCGGCGGCGGCGGCAGGGGGAAGCCGCCGAUCCCGUCGUCGGCCUCGGCGAGGAAGUCGGUGCUCUCACGGCACGCAUCCUUUGCGAGGGGCCCUUUGAGCAGUACAAAAUCUGAAACAGAGAGAACUUUUGAAAGCACAGAUGUUGAAUAUAUCCCAGUUGUACGGUCUGGAGGCUGGGCUGACAUUGGGUCAAGGAGCUCAAUGGAGGAUGUCUACAUUUGCUGUGACAACUUCCUGCAAGAUUUUGGACCUGAAAACUGUGAAGAAGGGCCCAGUUCAUUUUAUGGGGUUUUUGAUGGGCAUGGUGGAAAGCACGCUGCAGACUUUGUGUGCAGCAAUUUGCCAAGGUUCAUCGUUGAGGGUGAUGGUUUUCCGGGGGAGAUCGAGAAAGCUGUCUCCUCAGCAUUCUUACAGACUGAUGCUGCUUUUGCAGAUGCUUGCUCUGUGAACUCCUCUCUUGCAUCUGGCACGACUGCGCUUGCUGCUCUCAUCAUCGGGAGGUCACUUCUGGUGGCAAAUGCUGGUGAUUGUCGAGCAGUUGUAUGUUGCCGUGGAAAGGCGGUUGAGAUGUCCAGGGACCAUAAGCCAUCUUGCAACAGAGAGAAGAUGCGCAUUGAAGCCUCGGGUGGUUAUGUUUACGAUGGAUACCUGAAUGGGCUGCUGAAUGUUGCUAGAGCAAUUGGGGACUGGCACAUGGAAGGAAUGAAAGCAUGUGAUGGUCUUGGGCCUCUUAGUGCGGAGCCGGAGGUGAUGAUGCGGAAUCUUACUGAGGAGGACGAAUUCCUGAUCAUCGGCUGCGACGGGAUCUGGGAUGUAUUCCGCAGCCAAAAUGCGGUAGACUUUGCACGCAGGAGGCUUCAAGAGCACAAUGACCCUGUCGCCUGCUGUAAAGAGUUGGUCGAUGAGGCCAUCAAGAGGAAGAGCGGCGACAACCUUUCCGUAGUUGUCGUCUGCUUCAACUCCAUAGCGCCUCCUGUCUUAACAGCUCCCAGGCCUCGCGUGCAGAGAAGUAUAUCCGCAGAAGGCUUGAGGGAGCUGCAGGGCUUCCUCGAUAGCUUGGCGGACUGAUAUGUGUGGCUUGAGAACCCUGGCAGGUGGCAGCGCUGUAGUAAUCCCAUUUUUCCAUAGCCUAGCUUGGAAUUUAGGUUUAGUAUGUGCCCCAUCUCAUAACCUGAGAUGGUUGUUGUUGAGUAAUGCAUCACUGUAACAUAUUAUGCGGCUAAUUUUAUCUGCACCUGGAGGUACUUAUUUGCUUGUUUCGGACACUGCUAGACUUCACAAGUUUGAAAGGUUAACAGAGAUUCCAGUGAUCUUCUUUUA